GCGGACGGGCCGCGGGUCGGCGGACGCGUACUGGUAUGGACUAUGGAGUGGCCAAGAGUGCUGUUACACAGCGGCAUUCUGGCGCUGUGAUAGGUGGUAACAAGUGACUAGAUCCAUAGUGUUAACAUGUACGAAUGGUGACCUGAAGAGUGGAAAUCGCGAACGCUCGCCGAGUGGACGCUGUGGACAGGGUGGACGGGCUGUGGACGAGCUGUGGACGGGGUGGACGGGGUGGACGAGCUGUGGACAGGCAGUGUGCGGAGUGUGCAGAGCUCUUGAAGGAGCCGGUCAGGAUGAGAGCAGACUGAGCGGCUGGGAGUCAGUGCCAGUGGAAACAGCGACUCACUGAGCACGUUGCACGUUCCAUAUGCACGUUGGGCGCACGGAAGACUUGCACUCGUGGAGGAAGGCACGGAGCCGAAGCCGGACAGAGCCGCCGGCGGCGGGUCCGGCCGGCCGCCGCUCGACCGGGCACCGGCAUACAGUGCUAUGAAAGGCGCCGUAGAGCCGCGCCUGGUCGAGCCGCUGAUGCUGACGGCCUUUUUACAGAAAGCAGAAGCUUGUACGCUCGUUGGCUGGUCUCAGCUGGUGUGCCGCUCCGACAGCUGGUCUCAGCUGGUGCUGUGCUGGGCACCGAGCCGAGCCGGCGCCAUGUCAGGCGGAGGUCACCGGGUGACCGCUGCAGAUCAGAUGGCCGCCGCCGGCCGCCGGCGUGCCAGCUCGCCCGGCCGGCCGCCCCCGACCGCCGCUGGCCACAAGGGACUCAACAACGAGCCGGGCGCAAACAACUGCUUCCUCAACGCCGCCGUCCAGGUGUUGUGGCACCUGGACAUUUUUCGACGCAGCUUCCGGGAUCUCAGCGGCCACGCGUGCAUGCUGGACUCUUGUAUCUUCUGCGCCCUCAAGGAGUUGUUCCAGCAGUUCCAGCACAGUGACCGGCCCGUGCUGCACCCAGAUGCGCUGCGCCGCGCCCUCGCCGACACCUUCUUCGACCAGCGCCGCUUCCAGCUGGGCUGCAUGGACGACGCCGCCGAGUGCUUCGAGAACAUCCUGCAGCGUCUGCACGUGCACCUGGCGCCGGCGCACGUGUCUGAGGAGCCGUGCGCGGCGCGCCACUGCAUCCCGCACCAGCGGUUCGCCAUGACACUGGUCGAGCAGAGCGUGUGUAACGCCUGUGGCGCUACCUCCGAGCCGCUCUCCUUCACACAGAUGGUCCAUUACGUCAGCGCCUCGGCUCUGACGUCACAGACGGGCGAGAUGACGUCACCGGCGGCGGCGUCUGGGGUGAGCGGCGGGCCGGCCGGCGGCGAGUUCGGGCGGCUGCUGAAGCGGGCCGGCGGCAUGGGCGACGUCCGAAACUGUCCGAGCUCCUGCGGCGCGCGCAUCCAGAUUUGUCGCACGCUGAUGAGUCGGCCGGACGUGGUUUCGGUCGGCAUUGUCUGGGACUCUGAGCGGCCGCAGCUCGAGCACAUAAUGCACGUGCUGGGAGCGGUGGGCACGCGGCUCAAAGUGCGCGACGUGUUCCACUCUGUGCUGGACUCUCGGUGGGCGGGCGCCACGGAGCACCGGCUGGUCGGCGUGGUCACCUACUACGGAAAACACUACUCGACCUUCUUCUACCACACCAAACACCAGGUGUGGAUCUACUUUGACGACGCCUCUGUGCGCGAGAUCGGGCCGCACUGGAGCCACGUGGUGGACAAGUGCCGGCGCGGCCACUGCCAGCCGCUGCUGCUGCUCUACUCGAACCCGGCCGGCCAGCCGGUGGCCACCGACACGGCGCCGCUGACGCGCACCGUCGUCACCGGCGGCGGCUCGCUGCGGCGCGCGCGCACCCCCAACCCGGAGCGGACCGACGGCGGGCCGGCGCCGGCGGCACCGCGCCGGCCGCGCCGUCACGCCCAGCCCGGGCCGACCGGGCGGCCAGCAGGCGCGCGACGCCUACAGCGACUACCAGAACGUGGCCGCCGGCCAGCCGCUCUAACGGAGCCGGAGAGCUCUCGGUCGCGGCUGGUGAACCGGUACGCGCGACUCUGCGGCGAGGAGGGCGGCGGUGGCCGGCCGCCGGUCCUGCCCAGCUUCCCCGACCCGGGACUGGCCGAGACCCGGCUGGCGGCGCGCGGCAAGGCAGAUGCCGCCUCCGAGCUGCGCAGGAGCGGCUCCGGUCAGAGGAGGCGGCGCGACUCGGGGAACUGGUCGGGUGACCGGAACUCCGCCAGCUCCACCAGCUCGGGAUCCAACGAGAGCGGCCACCCGGCCAUCGCCAUGUUCAGUCGCGUGGUGUCCGGCCGGCCGGCGCCGCCGGCGCUGCCGGGCGCCGGACGGCCGCCGCCGGAGCGGACCGGGCCCCCGCUGGCCGACCCCGGCUACGACUCCAACUCGCUGAGCUCCAACGACAGCUACCCGGUGCCGCCGCUGCUCAAAGGAGGCGGACCCCAGCCGCCGCUGGGCGGCAUCCCCGAGAACCAGACGUUCGGCUCGCGGCCGACAGAUGGCAGCACGGGCGAGGUGCGCCGCCUCCUGGCGGAGACGGAGCUGCUGCUGCAGGAGGCGCAGGCGGCUGACGAGCGCAACGACCUGGCGCGCGCCCUGGAGCUGUGCCGGGAGGCGGUGCGCGUCUCUAAGCGGGCGCUGGACGCGCCGUACAACACUGCUGAGCUACUGAGCUCCGCCAAACGCAGUCACAACGACUGCCUGCUGCGCUGCAGCGGUCUGCAGCGGCGCAUCGCCAUCGUCAGCGGCGGCGGCAAGAGGACAGACUCUGGCCGCGAGGGGCGCCACUCUCGGCAAUCAUCACGUGACUCGUCGGGUCGGCGCACGCCGCACAGCCGGCAGUCGUCACGUGACCUGGACGGGGAGCGUUGCGCGCCGGCCGGCCAGGAGACGGCCCACAUCCAGCUGUACGCCACGCUGCCGCGGCGCCGCCAGGCCGCCCCCGCCCCCGCCCCCGCCCAGCCCGUGGAGCAGCUGUACGCCAAGGUGAACAAGCCGCGCCGAGACGCCCCCGCCGCCCCCGGCCCCGGCACCGGCCCCGGCCCCGGCACCGAGCCGGCCAAGGAGGCCCGGACCGGCCGCAGGCAGCACAAGAUCCGACUGAAGCUGCUCAGCGGGGGUCUGAUCCGCCGCAAGAACCGCAGCCUGCCCGACCUGACCGACCCGGACCAGCAGAGCAGCUACAACGCGGCCGUGGAGCGGCGGCCGGCGCGCGCCGAGCCGGACCCGGCCGGCGGCUACCUGUCCGAGGGGCCUGCCGAGGACGCCGCGCCCGCCCUGCAGCGCAGCAAACUCAUGAGGAAGUCGUUCCACGGCGGCGCGGCGGCAGCGCGCGUGCCGCCGCCCGUGCCGCGCCGGACCGACUCGCGGCUGAGCGCGCCGCCGGCCGGAGCCGGAGCCGGAGCCGGAGCCGGUCGGGGCGCGGACGAGCCGGACGGCGCCCCGGCGCUGGCGGCCACCGACUACCUGAACCACCUGCAGCAGGCCGGGCCCAGCGCCGGCCUCCCGCCGCGGACGGACGCCGCUCUGGCGCCCCCCACCCCUGUGAGCGGCCCUGGGAGCGUCCCUGUGAGCGGCCCGGUGAGCGGCCCGGUGAGCGGCCCUGGGAGCGGCCCGGUGAGCGGCCCGGUGGCCCACUGCCGGCAGCCGUCGCUGGAGCUGCCGCCGCCGCCGCCGCCCGCCCAGGAGCUGUCCGAGCUGACGCUGGAGGACGAGGCGCUGCCGCCGCCGCCGACCGAGGCCGAGCUGGAGCUGAGCUGCGGCCCGGAGCUGGAGCUGAGCUGCGGCCCGCAGCCGGCCGAGGGCCGCCGGCCGGGCGGCACGGACCCCUGCCCCCGGCGUCAGCAGCCGCUCUCCCCGGCAGACCGGACGCACUACAGCCGGCCGCAGGACGGCGAGUCCCCGUACGGCGGCCGGCUGGGCGGCGACCAUUUGUACCACCGCCCGGAGUACCAACCAAACCCCCAGCAGCAGUACAGCCAGCAGCAGCCGUGCCAGAGUGGGGACAGCGACUACCGCGAGCUGCCGGCCGCGGCGCGCCUGCCGCCGGAGGAGCUGCGCCUGCCGCCGGAGGAGCUGCGCCUGCCGCCGGAGGAGCCGCGCCGCGGCUCGGUUCGCUCCGUCCGCGACCUGGCCGGCAGGUUCGAGGCCGCCGCCGCCAGCGAGCCGGCGGGGCCCUCCGCGGGAUCACCGGCCGCGCUGCUACCGGUCCCCGCCGCGGACCAUUUCGCUGGCCACCCGUCUGGCUACUGUGCAGCUGACCCGGCGGGCCAGCCGUCUGUCCAGCAGCAUCGGUCGUCCGCCGAGCAGCCGCCGCCCUCUCCCUCUCCCUCGGCGCCAGCCGGCCAGCCGCGGGCCACGUUCGGCUGCGCCCAGCAGAGCAACCAGCUGCUGUUCUCGGCCCAGUCGGGUCAGCUGGCGCGCGGCAGCCGAGCGCGCCGCGCCGACCCGCCCGGCGCCGGCGCCGGCCGGCGGCUCAAGAAGUCUGUGACGUUCUGCGACCAGGUGACCCUGGUGGCCACAGCCGAGGACGAACACGACGACACGCAGCUGCCCAACCCGAUCCUACAGCGGAUCCUGGGCGGCAGGCGGCACCAGGUGACUGCACUGGUCCACAACGAGCCGGCCAACCACAGCGGACCAUCGACCAACCACAGCGGGCCACCGACCAACCCCCGCGGGCCACCGACCGACCACAUACCGACCAAUCACAGCGCGCCACCGACCGACCACAUACCGACCAAUCACAGCGCGCCACCGACCGACCACAUACCGACCAAUCACAGCGCGCCACCGACCGACCACAUACCGACCAAUCACAGCGCGCCACCGACCGACCACAUACCGACCAAUCGCAGCGCGCCACCGACCGACCACAUACCGACCAAUCACAGCGCGCCGUGCAGCGAGCCGCGGCGCGCGCUCAGCCCGGUGGCGGGGGCGGGGGCGGGGCGCGGGGCGCGGCCGCUGCCGCCCUACCAGCCGCCGCCGCCGCCGCGCGCCGCCGGGCCGUGCCAGCUGUGCAGCCAGCGGCCGCGGCUGGCGCCGGGCGCCUACUGCGCCGACUGCCGGGCCUACAUGACCCGACUGCGGCCGCGCACCGCGGCCAGCUGAGCCGGACCCGGACCCGGACCCGGCACGGACCGGGGAUACCGGGACCCGGCAGGCUGCGGCGAUACCUCCCGUCCAACCGACGUCACCAGAACGUCACGCCGGACCCGGACCCGGACCCGGCACGGACCGAGGAUACCGGGACCCGGCAGGCUGCGGCGAUACCUAUACCGUCCAACCGACGUCCCCAGAACGUCACUCUGGCGCUGUGAGCUUCAAUGACGACACACCCUAUUUAUACGAAAAUGUUUUGUAUAUUGGAUUUUGAAAUACGGUUUUAUAUAUGUUUUGAUGUUUUUAAGGUAUAAUGGCGAUCAGCGUUUGUGAAUGGCAUCAAUGUGCGUCCUGUUCAUAUAUGGGUGAUACGUUGAGCUGGCCGCGCGAUGUGAGCGGAGGCGGCUGGCCGCGCGCCGGCGCGACCGCUGCCAUCUGAACAGGCCAUUCCGGUGCCGGUGGCGCUGACGUCACCAGAGUGUGAUCUCGGCUGGCGCGCAGGUACAAAGGCGGCGCGGCGCCUGCGGGGGCGCCCAGCGCCGCGCUCUGCCGCGGACGGUCCAUGUUGUUCGUGUGCCAAGGAAGUCGCCGCCGGCGGCGCCGUACGGUUUUUACAAUACACGCAUCCGACAGGAG